CAUAUUUUGAUGUUUUCUAUGUGUACCCAAUUGUAUAGAAUAAUAAACCAAACAAAUUUAGUUUUGAUAAAUGGCCUUCAAAAAACAAUUUAAACAUAUGUAUGCAUUCAAACAUAAAAGUAUCUACAAUACAAUUAAAUAUCAAAACAACACAAUAUAAAUAAGGCCACACAAUUAAAUAUUUUACUGCUCUACAUGUCUCUACAUUCAGAGUACAUUAGCAAGAAACUGAGGAGGACCAUGCCAUCUGCAUGUAUAAAGGUUACUACAAUACAUUUAAAUAUCAAAUCUGCAUCAAAUAAAUAAGGCUACAAAACAAGAUUCUUAUACCUAACAAGUCUUUUAUUUUAGUCAGUGAGACAGUUGGGCAUGUACUUUACUUCUGAUCAGAGUUUGAAGUUUGUUGCAGCAGACAGUGUUACUCGCAGAUCAUGCUUAGUGUUCAACCUAUUUUUCUGCUUUGACUUGAGCUGUACCAAUAUAAAAAAAGCCACAGCCGAAGCCUGUUGUGUUUCUGCUGUGCCGAAAUCACUACCCCCGCCAUCUUCUUGAGUUUAAAGACAGGAAGACGGUGCGCGGCGAGGGGUUGCUUUUUUCUGACAGGGCUGCUGAAUUCGGCACAACACUGGCAAACGAAUGGUGUCGUCUGAUUCGCGUCUCUGUCUUUUCUCAGAUAUAAAAGACGAGUACAAAAUCAGAUGAGCAUUAAUUAUUAUUAUUAAUUAUAAUAGUAUGAUUUUUAUUCAUUAUAAAAUGAAUACAUUAUUUUAUUAAUUUGUUAUAUUAUUUAUUAUUUUUUAAAGGUAUUUAUUUUAUACAAGCUGUCCACAACCCGCCCAUGUUUUUUUUUUUUUUUAAAAGACCUACUGGUGAGGCUUGGUUCCCUAACCGAUUCUUUUAAACCUGCAUUCAUACAACCACGGCGCUAUUUAAGGGGAACAAAAAAAUAGGAAUACACAGCUGUUAAGCAAUAAAGACAGAAGCGUACCAAAGGGUCGAUUCAUUUAAAUGAAUCGCACUCCGAAUCGCGAAUCAAGGCCGCCAUUUUAAAGCCACUCACUCUACAUGUUGCAGAGGCAUUCUCUUGAGCUGCGGCACCACUCCAGCUUUUAAAACCAGAUUCAACAACUACAGAAAAAUGGCAUUGGAGGCUGAGCAGUUUCACUCAAGUUCUGAGGAGUCCAUUAAUUCUGCAUACUCAGAUGCUGACUACAAGCCAUCAUCCAGUAGUACUGAUGACAGUGAGGUUUGCAGUAGUGAUGAAAAUUUGGAUAAUGACCAACAGUUCAAUAGAACAAACACAAGUCCAGACAAGUGCAAAAAACAAACGAGGAAAACAAGAACCAAUGGUGAUGACGACAAAAACAAGUCUAUUAGAACAAACAGAAGAACAGACAAGUCCAGAAAACAGAGUCCAAAAAAACCCACAGCUUCGAAUAUAACUGUGAAGGUUUGCAAAAAAAAUCUAAAUGGUAAACGAAAGUGGGACAAAAACCAUUACUGCCUCUACUGUGGAAAGUCAAACAAAAAGUUAAGCAGGCAUUUGGAACGUGCCCAUAUGGAUGUCAGAGAGGUGGCUUAUGCAUUCAGCUUCCCCUUAGGAUCGAAGAAAAGAAAGGAUCUAUUAGAGGGGCUGCGGAAUAAAGGUGACUAUAAACAUAACUUAGAAGUCCUUAAGAGUGGCCAUGGGGAAAUAGUGACGUGGAAACAACCUUCUUUUGAAGCCUCUGUCGACAAUUACCUUCCUUGCCAGUACUGCUACGCCAUGUUUGUGAAAAGUGAUCUUUGGAAACAUCAGGGAACUUGCAGAGCUAAAAAUGAUCCUGGGAAAGAUGCUGAGAAAAAGAGCAACAGUAGAGUUCAGAAAGCAUCUUCAAGCCUGCUACCCAUUUCGGAGACCUCGGAGGCAUUGGAGAAUGUCAUUCAUGGAAUGCAAAAAGAUGCUGUGUCCUUUACUGUACGGAAUGAUGCGUUGAUCUGUAAAUAUGGUAAUGUGCUGCUAAAUCGUGGGAAAAAUAAUGCAACUGGUUACAUUUCUCAGAAAAUGAGAGAACUGGGUCGACUCGUUGUGGCAGCAAAGGAAAUUGAUAAGAGUAUUAAAAAUCUUGAAGAUCUGUGCCAUGUAUCCAAGUUUCAGGUGCUGCUGAAGGCAGUUAAAAGGAUCUCUCAGUUUAGCCCAAGCAAGAAUGCAUACAGAAAGGCAUCAACUGCUGUCAAAAUUGGCUUCUCAUUAAAAGGAGUGACUGAUGUGCUUAUUGGCCAGACUCUGGAAAAUGAUGAUGACUUGGCUGAAAGGAAUGCAAAGAAGUUCAAAGAACUUUUAGAACAGAAGUGGAAAGACAGUGUUUCUUUUAAUGCACACAAAACAAUGGAAGAGAACAGGUGGAACAAAGAUGACGGUAUCCCAUUGACUAAAGAUGUCAUGAUCCUCCAAGAGCACCUUAGAAAGGUUGAAGACGAAGCAAAACGGGAGUUGCUAGAUGGCAUCAACAUGUCUGCUUAUAAGGACCUGACUGAGAGCCUUCUGUCACAGGUCAUUGUGUUCAAUAGACGAAGGGAAGGUGAGGCCUCCCGCUUGACCUUAGACAUGUACAUGAACGCAAACAGGACCCCAGUAAAUGGGGAUAUAUUUCAAACACUAACACCGCUUGAGCAAGAACUGAGCAAGACCCUUACCAGAAUAGAAAUCAGAGGAAAGAGAGGUAGAAAAGUGCCAAUUCUCCUACCAGAUAGAACAAAAGCAUCAAUUGAUUUCCUGAUAGAAAAAAGAAAAGAAGCUGGUGUACCUGAUCAGAACCCUUUUGUCUUCGCAAGACCUUCUGCAAUGUCAAACUUUCGUGGCUGUGACUGUCUGAGGAGAUUUUCAGAAGAGAGCAAGGCAGAAAACCCAGGACUCCUUAGAUCAACCAAACUAAGAAAGCAGGUUGCUACACUUUGUCAGCUGCUGAAUCUUGACCAGCAAGAGUUGGAGCAAGUUGCGAGAUUCAUGGGACAUGACAUUAGGGUGCACUGUGAUUUUUACAGACAAACAGAUAAAACACUUCAACUGUCAAGGAUCAGCAAACUUCUCUUUGCAAUGGAGAAAGGCACGGAGACCAUCAAAGGCCAGAAUCUCAACACUCUUGACUUUUCACUUCCUGGUAGCAGUAUGGCACAAACUGACAGCCCACAGACAGACAGACCAGUAGUGAGCAUGGAACCUCAUGAGGAUGAUGAAGGUGUAUCUGGCUUCACUGCCACAAUCAAGAAGAAAAGGCGAAUGGAGCCUCAUGAUGCUGAUGAUGGUGGCACCUGCACCGGGGUUAAGAGAAAGCUGACAGAAGAUCCUGGAUUUGACUCGCCAGAGAAGGAAAGACCGCAGAGGAGAAGGAAAGAAGUGGAUGAUGAAGAUGACCAUGAAUUUAUAGAAAUGGAUGUGAACAAAAAUUGUGAAUCUGGCUCUAGUAAUCAGCAGAAGAAGAAGCAGAUAGAACAGCCCGAGGGUGAUGGUGUCUCUAGCUCUGGCGCCAUGACCAGCAUGCAGAAGAGGAAGGCAGGGCUGAUGGCAGAGCGCAAGAGAUCUCAACCUAGGAGGCGUGGAUGGAGUGAGGAGGAGCAGGCUGCGGUUUUAAAACAUUUAGCUGUAUUCAUCGAGAGGCACCAGGUCCCUGGAAAAGCUGACUGUUUAAAAUGUACUGAGACUGAGAGUGCCUUAAAACACAGAACAUGGAGGGAUGUUAAAUACUUUGUCCAUAAUAGAAUAGUGAGUCUUGCUAAAACAAAUCCUUGAACGUAUGCAAUAAUCCAAUCAUAAGCCAUUUCUGCCGUUAUGAUUUCUCAGUACAUGCAUAUUUUUACUGUUUUUUUAUUUUUAUUUUAUUUUUUUAUGCAUUUAUUUUGGUCUACUGAAUAAUCAGCAUUUUAUAGCAUUUUCACCUGAACGUCCGGACCACAGUUCUCACCAUGUUUCAUGUGUUUGUUACAUUGUAUGCAGUACAUUUGUUCCAGUUAGUUUAGAUUAGGUUCACACUGCAGUUUAGUGAGCUGAAUAAAUAACUACAUCCUGUCCUCAAUCAGAUGACAUGCUAAAUUCCAGCAACAAAAUGUGUGUAAAACAUUAUUAUCCUCAGCUUCCUUUUAUUUGCCUGCAUGCCAAGGGGAGUCGUGAUAUUGGCCAAACACUAGUUUUUUUUUUUUGUUUGUUUGUUUUUUUUUACUCCCUCUGUUAAAACCCCUUAACAACCCAGACUGUCAUUUGUCUGCCGGACAUUAAACCCCUAAAGAAAUUUCUUGAAUACAAAUUAAACAUUUCAUGUCCACCAAAGUUUUAUGUCUGCUAGUUUUAACAUGCAGAAUUUGGAUUGAUUUCUGUUACUAACUUGGAAUUAUUAUUAUUAUUAUUAUUAUUAUUAUUAUUAUUAUAUUAAGUAGAGUGAAGAGGCAGUGUCAUGUAGAAAAUGUUCAGAAUGUAAAUGUUAUUUUACUGCAGAGAAACAGGAUUUUGUAUCACCUACACCUGUAGCCCAUAUACGCCACAAGGUAUUUAAGGGGUUAAAGAUUUCUGACCUGUUUUUUCCCUGUGACAUUACUGGUCAUUUAGUCAAUAAUAUUGCUUUCAGAAGUAAAGUUUUACAUUAAUAUUA